AUUUUGGGAGCAGCAGGAGCUGCUGUGCAGGUGCCGUGGCUGUCCCUGACUUCAGCCAUAUUUGAGGAAUAACUGAGGGAUUAUUCCUUGACUUCUGCUGGAGUCCUUCCCCCUGGAAGGAAAUUGCCAUACCCUGAAAAUGAAUUAGCCUCGGUGCAAUUCUUUGGUACCUGCACAGCUGUUAAAAAAGGUGUGAGUGAGGAAUCUGGGCUGAAAACGGGGAUCAGGAUUCUGCUGCACCUCGGCUGUGCCUGGCAGUGCUGAGACACUGCUGGUACCAUAUUUAUGGGAAGUUUUAAGUGUUCCUGCUCUUUUUUUUUUUGGUUGCUGGUGAAAAUGGCAGCUUCCCUUCUGCCCUUAAUGUGAAAAAUAGGAAUAGAGGACUGUGAGGCUGUUAAUUAGAGACUUGUUAAAAGGCUGCAGGGACAUGAAUGAGAUCUCUGGUAUGAAAAUGAGGGAGGACUCGGAGCUCUGCAUUAGGUGAUAAUUCUCCUCUGCCUUGGUCGGCAGUUUCUGUGUCUUCUCUGGAAAAUGUGGAUUCAAGUUGGUUGCUGAGAGUGGCAUGGGAUACUUCAAGGAAAACAGGGAUUUCAAAAAAGGGUUUGGAUCGAGUCUGGAAGGUCAGCGUGGUGGGAUUUGGGAUUACAAUGUAGUCUGACUUUCCUAAAUUAAUCUUGUGAUAAGUGGAAGCGAAGUGUGCUGGAGCAAGUGUGUCCCUUAGCAGGGACAAUGCCUGAUGUCACAAUCAGUCAUGUUUUGGAGUUAAAAUGCUCUAUCCCACUUUAAGGAAGACUCAAGCUGAAAUGAAAGGAAAGCACUUAAUGGAUGUGGGGUCCAAAAUGUCCUACUUUAGCUCCCACUUGUCUGCUGCUGGCAUGUGGCAAAGGAGCUGGGUGACCUUGAGGCUUGUCUUGCCUGGCUGUGCUGGCAGAUGCCCUGGCAGAUGAGCCCCACUUCCCCAGGAAUGAAAGGAUUUUGGCAUCCUCGUGAUCCUCCUUCCUCCUCAGCCCUCUGAGCCUGUAAUGUACAGUCACUGCAGAAAGCAGGGAAGAGGAUUGGAUUUGGGAUAGAUCUGAAAUAAACUCUGCACCCAAAAUGCCAGCUGUGUGCCUUCAUGCACCUUGGGCUUUUAAAUUCCCUGGAAAUUUGAAUUUCCUGUUCGAAAUUCAUGUGGAAGUGGUGCUUGGGGACUUGGAUUAGGUGUGAAGAUGCCAGUGCUGUGUUAACACUUGGGAUUGAUCUUGGAGGUCUUUUCCAGCCUGAAUGAUUCUGUGGAAUGUUUCCUGGUGCCCUCGAGGGGCUUUGCUGCAGAGGGAGAAGUGAAGGACACUGUUGCUGUCAGAAGGGACUGAGAAAUGUCCCUGAAAACAGAGAUUGUUGCAGCUUUGGAGUGUUCAUUGGGAAGGGGAGUCUGACAGGGUUAUUAGUGCAGGCAGACAUGUCAUACACAAAAACUUAAUCAGUUUCAGGAACAAUACAGGAAAAUUCCCUCCUGGUACUGGAUUAUCAGUGUCACUAUUGAAAUCCAUACUUAAACAUUGGACUGGGAAGACUUCAGAUGAGUAAUGAGGAUAUUCCCUCCAUGGUUCUUAAGGGAGCUGUGGCUGUGGGCAGGGUGAAGUGCCAGGCAGAAACCUGAUGAUGGUCAUAAUGAGUAGGGGAAUGUUUUUUUAAUGAAUCUUUUUUAUAAGAGAAAGAGAUCAGUGUUUCAGUUCAUCAACUUUCCCCCUUUCCCCCUUCUUCCACUCUCUCCCUGCUCAUCCUGAAAUCUUGGGGUAUUCAACACACUGGUGAAUUUAGGUUAUUUUCCUAGUGAGCAAAAUGUGCUUUUCCCUUCUGUAGCUUGUUUGUUCCCCGAGAAAAUAUUGUUUCUCUUCAACUGAUCCCUUUUUUGGAAGUUCAUGUAUCUUCUGUCAGGAUCAUGCAAAUACAUAAUGGACAGAGGACUUUAAAUUUUCAAUUUACAAACUAUCCAAGAAAAGUCUUUCCCUGGUUUGGCUUGGACAUCGGAGGCACCUUGGUCAAACUGGUUUAUUUUGAACCCAAGGACAUCACGGCCGAAGAGGAAGAGGAAGAAGUGGAAAACCUCAAAAGCAUCCGCAAAUACCUGACAUCAAACGUAGCCUAUGGCUCCACAGGCAUUCGGGAUGUGCACCUUGAGCUCAAGGACCUUACCCUGUGUGGACGUAAAGGCAAUCUGCACUUUAUACGCUUUCCUACUCAUGACAUGCCUGCUUUUAUCCAAAUGGGAAGCGAAAAGCAUUUCUCGAGCCUCCAUACUACCUUAUGUGCCACGGGAGGUGGAGCGUACAAAUUUGAGCAGGACUUUCGCACAAUGGGUGACCUUGAGCUUUGUAAGCUCGAUGAGCUGGAUUGCCUUGUUAAAGGAGUGCUGUACAUCGACUCCGUGGGCUUCAAUGGACACUCGGAGUGUUACUAUUUUGAGAACCCCACGGAUGCUGAGAGGUGCCAGAAGCUCCCUUUCAACCUGGAGAAUCCCUAUCCUCUCCUCCUGGUGAACAUUGGCUCAGGGGUCAGCAUUUUGGCUGUCUAUUCCAAAGACAACUAUAAACGGGUAACAGGCACCAGCCUUGGAGGGGGAACCUUCUUUGGUCUCUGCUGCCUUCUGACGGGCUGCUCCACGUUCGAGGAGGCCCUGGAGAUGGCAUCCCACGGGGACAGCACCAAGGUGGACAAACUGGUGAGGGACAUCUAUGGAGGAGACUACGAGCGCUUCGGGCUGCCAGGCUGGGCUGUGGCAUCCAGCUUUGGAAAUAUGAUGAGCAAGGAGAAGAGGGAAUCUGUCAGCAAGGAGGACCUGGCCAGGGCCACUUUAAUCACCAUCACCAACAACAUCGGCUCCAUAGCACGGAUGUGUGCCCUUAACGAGAACAUCAACCGUGUGGUGUUCGUGGGCAACUUCCUUCGGAUCAACACCAUCUCCAUGAGGCUCCUGGCCUACGCCCUGGACUACUGGUCAAAGGGACAGCUAAAAGCACUUUUCUUGGAACAUGAGGGUUACUUCGGCGCAGUCGGCGCUCUCCUGGGACUCCUGGACUCAGCCUGACUCCGUGCAGGAUCUGUGUUGGACCUUUGGAUUCAGGGCACUCCCUGGGCCACCGAGCCCGUGGUUUGGGGGUCACUGAGCCCGUGGUUCGUGUCACAGCCCCCACUGAGACCGUCCCACUGUGGUGGCCCGUGGGGACAGCGUGGGGAUGGGUGUCUGCAAGAGUUGAAAUCCAUCUGGGAUUACAGCGCAGGUCUGUCCCAAAGGAUGUGAUUGGAAUACACUGGCUGGACAUGGGGGUGUCUGGGAAGGUCAGUGGGGUAUUUCAGUCACAUGGAAUUGCCCUUUUUAGGGCAAUUUUUUUAGUUUUACUCUGUGUUUAAUGACGGUGACAAAACAGGGCGGGGGCACUCUGCUCCUUCCACUGGGAUCCCUUGAGAGUGCCAAGUGCCCAGGUCAGUUCUGUGUUCACAAUCAGAGGUUCUCCAUGUGCUGGAAAACGGUCUGGGAAAGGGGAAGAGCAUCAGCACAGCCCUGGUGUGUGUGACUGACUCCAUGUGGCCUCCUGGAUCCACACUGGGACACAGCUGUGCUGUCAGCCAGGCUUUAUUGAUCCCUGUUCCACGUGUCCUUGUCUCUGUCCUAGGCAUGGAAGGCACAGCACAGGUUGUGCCUCAGGGUGAGUCCUAUUUCAGCCUCCAGCUCUCCUGCACUCCUCAGCACCCUUUGGGAUGGUGUCAGUCAGCCUCCAGCCUUGAGAUCUAAAUUUGAGGGUGGAAUAGAGAUAUUUGUUGUUUGUUUGUCUGGGGUUUUCUCUCUGUUACCAAACUCCACCAAAGAGACACUUCCUUCAGUCGCACUUGGAUCUCUGUAAUACUCCAUGUUACAUUUUUAAUGGCUGCACUCCUGUCGUUUUGGGGGAAUUCUCCCCUUUCCAUGCAUGCUCUACUCCCUCUUUUCCCUGUGCAUGCUGCCACACAGCCUGAGAGCAGGAUACUGCAGUGUGGAGCCCCCGUGGAAGUUGCAUCCUGGGGAUGGGGGGUUGCAAUGGAUCCUGCACGCUCAAUAAACGCUCUCUAAAAGCAA